AUGGAUAUAUUCUCUCGAGUCCCUGGAGAGUCUAUAGCAAGGUUUCGUUGCGUAUCGAAAUUCUGGGGAUACAUACUCCGUCGUCCUGACUUCACCGAGUUGUAUUUGACCAAGUCUUCCACUCGUCCAAGGCUCUUUUUCACCGUGAAAGCUGAUUACAAGUUGUUCUUCUACUCAUCACCACAACCUCAAAAUCCCGAUGAUAACUCUACUCUUGUAGCCACAUGUUAUCAUGCGCCAUUAUCCACAUAUUUUUCAUCAUUAUUAGGUGCUCCAGUAUGUGGAUUGGCCCUUCAUCAGGAUUAUAUAAUACAUGAGAGAGUGAUUUCUAACCCUAUCACGGGAGAGUACCUAACCUUACCCAAACUGCUUCUUGAAAUGGAGAGUAGUUACACGGCGGGAGAAAAGAUUGCAGGAAUCUCUCUUGGCUAUGAUCCGAUCAACAAACGGUUCAAAGUGUUGUGUAUGACCUCGUCACUCGAGGAAAGACCCAACACUCAUCAGGUUUUGACAUUGGAGUCUGGAAAACGUUUGUGGAGAAAGAUCAAAUGCAAAUUCCAUUUUAUGAGGAAUAAGAGAGUGGGUGAUGGAAUAUGCAUAAAUGGUGUUUUGUAUCUCGGAGCUAAGAUGGGAGAAUCUUCGGUGAUAGUUUGCUUUGACGUGAGGUCUGAGAAGUUCGGCUUUAUUAACUUGGAUAAGGACAUGGCAGUAGAUUAUUCUGAUUCUGAUUUAUGUGGUAAUUACUUGACUUUCUUCAACUACAAAGGUAAAUUAGGUAUACAUGAGGGAACAUAUGAGGAUGAAGAACUUGUGUUGUGGGUUAUAGAAGAUGCUCAAAGUCAUAAAUGGUUCAAGCAGACCUACGAAUUGCCUCCUUUAGAUGACUUCAGGGAUUUUCACUUUGUUGGAAUGACGUGUACAGGUGAAAUCGUGUGGUCGUCGUACAAACAUUUCUGGUUUUACUUGUACAAUCUCGAGAGGAAUACUUCUACAAGAGUCAAUAUUCAGGGAUGUGAAGAGUUUGAGCAUCGUAGUCAUAGUAUUUACACCUUUGUAGACUAUGUGGAGAAUCUCAAGUUGAUGUAA